CCCUCCCGCAGAGUGUCGCGACGCUCCUCCCUCCGCUAUCCCCUGCCGGCAGGGUGUCCCGUGCCUGCUUGGAAGACGGAAGCCGAGGAGGAGGGAGAGCCGGAGGAGCGGCGGCGGCGGCGGCGGCGGGAUGGGAGACUCCAAAGUGAAGGUGGCGGUGCGGGUCCGUCCCAUGAACAGGAGGGAGUUUGAUCUGCAUACAAAAUGUGUGGUGGAUGUGGACACAAACAAGGUUAUUCUUCAUCCUGUAAACACCAAUCUUUCAAAAGGAGAUGCCAGGAGCCAGCCAAAGGUGUUUGCUUAUGAUCACUGUUUCUGGUCUUUGGAUGAAUCUGUAAAAGAAAAAUAUGCAGGUCAAGAUGUUGUUUUCAAGUGCCUUGGAGAGAAUAUUCUUCAGAAUGCCUUUGAGGGCUACAACGCAUGUAUCUUUGCCUAUGGACAGACUGGGUCUGGAAAAUCUUACACAAUGAUGGGUACGGCCGACAAGCCUGGAUUAAUCCCAAGACUCUGCAGUGGUCUCUUUGAAAGAGCACAGAAAGAGGAAAACGAAGAGCAGAGUUUCAAAGUGGAAGUGUCCUACCUGGAGAUUUACAAUGAGAAAGUUAGAGAUCUCCUUGACCCCAAAGGAAGCCGUCAGUCAUUAAAAGUUAGAGAGCACAACGUCUUUGGUCCUUAUGUAGAUGGACUUUCUAAACUGGCUGUCGCCAGCUACAAGGACAUAGAGUCUUUGAUGUCAGAGGGUAACAAAUCUCGAACAGUGGCUGCAACCAACAUGAAUGAAGAGAGCAGUCGGUCACAUGCAGUCUUCAAGAUCAUCCUCACACACACACUGUAUGAUGUACAAUCAGGGACAUCGGGUGAGAAAGUGGGCAAACUGAGUAUGGUGGACUUAGCAGGCAGCGAAAGGGCAACUAAGACCGGUGCUGCAGGUGACAGGCUGAAGGAAGGAAGCAACAUUAACAAGUCCCUUACAACUCUUGGGCUGGUUAUUUCUGCUCUAGCAGAUCAGGCUGCUGGCAAGAACAAGAACAAAUUUGUUCCAUAUCGUGAUUCUGUGCUCACGUGGUUACUUAAAGACAGCCUUGGUGGUAAUAGCAAGACUGCCAUGGUGGCAACAGUCAGCCCAGCAGCAGAUAACUAUGAUGAGACCCUUUCCACAUUGAGAUAUGCAGACCGGGCCAAGAACAUAGUUAACCAUGCCGUGGUGAAUGAAGACCCCAAUGCUCGCAUCAUCCGAGAACUCCGAGAGGAGGUGGAGAAGCUCAGAGAACAGCUCACCAAAGCAGAGGCUAUGAAAUCACCAGAACUAAAGGAUCGGUUGGAGGAAUCUGAGAAAUUGAUCCAGGAAAUGACUGUCACCUGGGAAGAGAAAUUAAGAAAAACAGAGGAGAUAGCACAGGAGCGGCAGAAACAACUGGAAAGUCUUGGCAUAUCUCUUCAGUCUUCUGGAAUCAAAGUUGGGGAUAACAAGUGCUUCCUUGUUAAUUUGAAUGCAGAUCCUGCUCUCAAUGAACUUCUGGUCUAUUACUUAAAGGAGCACACGUUAAUAGGGUCAGAUGACUCCCAAGAUAUCCAGUUAUGUGGAAUGGGAAUUCUUCCUGAACACUGUGUGAUAGAAAUACCCUCAGAAGGACAGGUUAUGCUAACACCUCAGAAAAAUACUCGAACAUUUGUAAAUGGUUCUGCUGUUGUGGGUCCUACGCAGCUACACCAUGGAGACAGAAUACUGUGGGGAAACAACCACUUCUUCAGAUUGAGUUUGCCAAAAAAGAAAAAGAAAGUAGAGCAGGAGGAUGAAGAGCAAGACAACUCUCUGGGGUGCAGCAACAGUGUCGAGCAGCUAGAUAUAGAUGGAGACAAUUCCAGUGAAGUAUCCAGUGAAAUGAACUUCAGCUAUGAAUAUGCCCAAAUGGAAGUUAUCAUGAAGGCACUCAGUGGCAAUGACCCGAUGCAGUCAAUCUUGCAGAGCGUGGAACAGCAGUACGAAGAGGAGAAGCAAUCUGCACUGGAGCGGCAGCGGCUAAUGUACGAGCACGAACUAGAGCAGUUGCGAAGGCGGUUGUCUCCAGAGAAACAACACUUCCGCAGCAUGGACAGGUUCUCCUCCCACUCACCCAGUGCUCAGCAGCGUUUACGCCAGUGGGCGGAAGAGAGAGAAGAAAUGUUGAACCACAGCCUGAGGAAGCUGAGAGAGCAAAUUGUUAAAGCAAAUUUGUGUGUGAGAGAAGCCAGUUUCAUCUCAGAGGAAUUGGACAAGAGCACGGAGUAUCAGGUCACUCUGCAGAUCCCAGCUUCAAGCCUUAAUGCUAACAGAAAGCGAGGUGCAGUUCUUAGUGAGCCUGCUAUUCAGGUGAGAAGGAAAGGGAAAGGCAAACAGAUCUGGUCACUGGAGAAAUUGGAAAACCGGCUGAUAGAUAUGAGGGAUCUUUAUCAAGAGUGGCAGGAGUGCGAGGAGGACGACCCAUUAACUAGGUCUUACUUCAGACGAGCUGAUCCAUUCUAUGAUGAACAAGAAAACCAUAGUCUCAUCGGAGUGGCCAAUGUUUUUCUUGAGUCCCUGUUUUAUGAUGUGAAGCUGCAAUAUGCUGUUCCUAUCAUCAAUCAGAAGGGAGAGGUGUCAGGUCGUCUUCAUGUUGAAGUGGUGCGAGUGAGUGGAGCGAUUGGAGAGAGAAUCGUAGGAGGUGAUGAUUGCACGGACUGUUCAAGAGAGAACGACAUACGGGAGAACAAACUAGUUUGUAUGAUUAAAAUACUUCAGGCUACCGGUUUGCCUCAGCAUCUUUCCAACUUUGUGUUCUGCAAAUACACUUUCUGGGAUCAGCUGGAGCCAGUUACGGUUGCCCCUGAGAUGGACCCCUCUUUAUCUCCCAUCAGCAAGGAGCCACAGUGUAUGGUUGUCUUCGAUCACUGCAAUGAGUUUUCUGUAAAUAUUUCUGAAGACUUCAUGGAGCAUCUUUCUGAAGGGGCUUUGGCAAUUGAAGUGUAUGGACACAAGCAAAGCGAUCCUCGCAAAAACUCAGCCGUGUGGGAUUUGGGAAUAAUUCAAGCCAAAACGCGAAGCCUUCGUGACAGAUGGAGUGAGGUAACCCGAAAAGUGGAGCUCUGGGUUCAGAUUCUGGAACUUAAUGAGAAUGGGGAGUACUGUCCAGUUGAGGUGAUUCCCGCCAAGGACGUAAACACUGGUGGCAUCUUUCAGCUCAGACAGGGGCAGUCACGGCGAAUCCAGGUUGAAGUGAAGUCUGUGCAGGAAUCUGGGACCUUGCCUCUAAUGGAAGAAGCCCUACUAUCUGUUGGAGUUGGCUGUGCUCAAAUAAGGCAUGUCAAGUCACAAAAAGUUCAUGAGACUCAUCAGGAAGGAGAGGAUGAUAUGGACAGUUAUCAGGACAGGGAUUUGGAGAGACUGCGUCGGAAAUGGCUGAACGUAUUGACCAAACGUCAGGAAUACCUAGAUCAACAGCUGCAAAAACUCGUCAGCAAACCUGAUAAAACAGAAGAUGAUGCAGAUCGGGAGGCACAACUGUUAGAGAUGAGGCUCACUCUUACUGAAGAAAGGAAUGCUGUAAUGGUUCCUUCUGCUGGCAGUGGGAUCCCUGGAGCUCCAGCAGAGUGGACUCCAGUGCCUGGUAUGGAAACCCAUAUUCCAGUUGUUUUCCUUGACUUAAAUGCGGAUGACUUUAGCUCUCAAGAUAACCUUGAUGACCCAGAACCUGGUGGAUGGGAUGCUACUCUCACUGGGGAAGAGGAAGAGGAAUUCUUUGAAUUGCAGAUUGUAAAACACUAUGAGAGUGAGGUGAAAGUAGAAGCCUCCUGGGAUUCCACAGUCCAUAACUGCAUUCAGCUCAGUAAAGGAACAGCAACAGAUGAAAGAGUUUUCCUUAUUGUGAGAGUGACUGUCCAGCUCAGCCAUCCUGCAGAAAUGCAGCUAGUGCUACGCAAGCGUGUCUGCGUUAAUGUCUACGGGAGACAGGGUUUUGCACAGAGCCUCCUGAGAAGAAUGUCUCAUCGAAGUUCCAUUCCUGGCUGUGGAGUCACCUUUGAGAUAGUCUCUAAUAUUCCAGAGGAUGCUCAGGGAGCUGAGGAGCGGGAAGCACUAGCAAGGAUGGCAGCUAAUGUUGAAAACACAGCUUCAGCUGACUCAGAAGCCUAUAUUGAAAAGUACCUGCGGAGUGUGCUGGCAGUGGAGAACAUUCUCACCCUGGAUCGUCUUCGCCAGGAGGUUGCGGUGAAAGAGCAGUUAACGGGGAAAGGAAAACUUAACAGGAGGAGUCUGAGCUCUCCCAGCGUCAAUCGGAUAUCUGGAAGCCGUCAAGAUUUAGCUCCCCUGUACAACCUUGGCAGUCAGAAGGGUCGAUGGGAGAGCCAGCAAGAUAUAUCCAAAAUUUCAACACAUUCUGGUAGUGGGAUGACCCCGUCUCGUACAUCUUCGUCAGGCUCUACUCAGCAAAACCAUUCUAAUGAUCCAGGACUCGGUAGCCUGGCUGCCUCCUACCUGAAUCCAGUAAAAUCCUUCGUGCCUCAGAUGCCAAAGCUGCUUAAGUCUCUCUUUCCUGCUAGAGAUGAGAAAAAGAGCAGGCAGACCUCUCCUCUUGCCCAGCAGCCUGUCCCACGAAUUAUGGUUCAGUCUGCCAGCAUUGAUGCCAAUGCUACAAAGUUAAAACAGGUUAACCAAGAAGGGGGGAAAGAACCAUUUGAAAUGGCCGGGCAAUCUACAGAGGCAGAAAAGAACCAAGAAAAGAUGCCCAAAGUGCCUUCACAGCAGCAUACCGCAGACAUUCAGGCACAGGACUCCCAAGAGGGGCCUCCAAGUCCCCUGAGUGAAGCCUCGAGUGGUUACUUUUCUCACAGUGUUUCAACAGCGACACUGUCUGAAGCGCUUGCUGCAGGGAACGAAGCGAUUGUUCAGACAGGUAGUCAAACGUCUACAGUGAGCGACAUCUCCCCACCCACCCCAGCUGUUCAGAUAACUUCUGCUACUAAAAUUUCAAUGCAGACAGAGUGCACUUCAGAGGGCUACCCUGCUGUUAAAAGAGAUAAUCUAGCUGCUUCUGACCUCAGCGCUGCCCAUGUGAGACCUAAGGACAGCAGCGAUGUGAAUGGUAAUGAGCAUCUAAAGUCCAAGUCCUGUGUCUCCCCUGUGACUCAGAGCGAAGAACUAGAUGUUGCCUCUAUAGCCAUUGGUGCGAAAAGCUACGUUUCUACCUCCAUCCCAAAGAAGGAGCUGCUGACAAAACAGUUAAUGGCUUCAACAACUGGAGAGUCAGUGGGACAAGCUGCCAGGAAAAAGGACCACACAAAGUCCGCUGCUGCUUCAGAAUCGAAAGCUUCCAAAUCACAGCUUCAGCCUGACCUCUUGUCCCAGCCCAGCGCUACAGCCUCUCCAUUCAAAAUCCAAAAAGUCAGGACAUCUGAGCUCAAGUCUUUUACAUGUAUGCUGGGGGGAGAUUCUGGGUGCCCUUCAAGCACAGAGGAAGAGAAGGAGAGAGAAAAGAACCAGGUGACUGCACUAGGGUUGAGCCAUAAUGGUGAGGAGACAGCUGAUGAAAAACUGGAAGCGGCUUCUGAUUCUGAAGAUGCCAGUGAAAUCCCAGAAUGGCUAAAAGAGGGAGAAUAUGUCAUUGUCGGCAUAAAUAAGACAGGCACAAUUAGAUAUGUUGGCCCAACUGACUUUCAAGAGGGAACAUGGGUUGGUGUGGAACUCGAUUUGCCUUCAGGUAAGAAUGAUGGCUCCAUUGGGGGAAGGCAAUACUUCAAAUGCAACCCAGGCUAUGGGCUCCUCGUGAAACCAAACAGAGUGAAAAAAGCCACUGGAGCAGCAAGACGGCGGAGCGCUGGGCUUAGGUUGCAAGGGGGAGCUACACCCGAGAACCGGAAGAACAACAAUUUCUCAGGCUCAGCUUCCAACCUGACAUCACUGACAGCCCUUGCCAAAAUGGAAGGAUCUGCUCUCCGACCCGAGAAGAUCCAGAAGAAUGCAGAGAAUAGGAAAUCUUGGGCUAACUGAAAGAGGCUUACAGACCCCACAAGCUGAUUCGAAAAUCGCUUGUGAAGCUGUUGCCAAAGUGGAUGUGCUCGCAACAUUAAACCAGCCUGGUAAACUUAGCUCUGGCAAACACUAAAGGAGGGGUUUUUCUCUACUUUUGUUGCUGAUAUGUUAAAUCUUUGCCUUGUCAUGGUGAUGGAUCUGUGUGUUUAGGCUCCUGAGACAAAUUGGGACACUUCAUUGUGUGGCUUAUUUCAAAUAGUGAAGGUUGUGGGUGGGGGUUUAAUGGUGCUGCUUUUAAGUCAUUCACAGAAUGAACGGCCAGAUCAGUUCAAAAUAUUUUAUGAGUUUCCAGCAGCUGCGAAAAAUUAACUGGAGCGAUUUUCCCAACCCACAACAUCUAUACUUCCUUAAACAUGGUUGGCCGUUCUGAAAACGUCAAAAUGCAGCAUGCAAGGCUCCAUCCUUGCAUGAGCUGUGUCUGUAUCAGGCAAUAAUGAGAAACGGAUACAGUUAUAAAGAAGAAAGAAGUUGUUAUAUUGAGAAGGAAACAGAACAAAAAUAAUCAACUUGAUUACAUGACCUGGAAUGAGUGCCUAUCUUGAAUAAUGUACGUGUCUUUCUACUCUUAUUGAAAUCAGUGGGAUUCCACCCAAUCAGUGGCUUUUGAUCACUGUUUUUUAAAGGCAUAUUCAAAUUUAGUUAACCCACUAAAUAGAUUAUAGUUAUUAUUUUAACAGGACACAGAAUCUGUUCACCUUCCUUUCCUCCCUGGACACACUGUGGAAUAUUGCUCUCCUUGUUUCUUUAGUUUGUCUUCAGGAUUUUUGCAAAGAUAUCAGCGGUCUCUAAAGUGCUACAGAAUUUAUAACAGCUUUUUCCAGUUCUGUCUGUACUGUCUGUUGGUGACGUACUCACAAAGAGAGAUGUGGCAUCAUGCACAACCUUCACUGGCAUUUGCAUUUUACCAGAUUUCAUAAAGUGAAGGCUUGUUGUUCCCACACUGAAAUGAUCCAGUUGUAUUUAUUUUUAUUUAUUGUGUUAAGAAAUAUGAAAUACUUGCGCUUCACAAUCGCCCACUGCCUGCCAUUGCACAUAGGCGCUCUACUUAGCGUCAUACUGAAUAGCCUCCCUUUUGGAAAGGCUCCUGCCUAGCCAGCAAAACCCUCUUGAGAUUGCUCCUAAAAUCACUUUAUUGGAAGGGUUGCACAUUCUUCCUCAAAACUAACAUUUUUUCUGGAGGGUGGAAGAACUGGGCUGGCUUUUGUUGUUUUUAAACUUGAUUUUAUCUUUGGUGACCUUCGCUAGUUUUUAAUUUCCUGUGGCAUAUAUAGAUAUUUUCUAACAAAUUACGUAAAGAAAAAAAUAAGACUUAAUUGUACAGUAUAUACAGAGCUUCUUAUACCUUGGUUAGUAAACAUUGGGGGACUAGAAAUGUUGAGCAGUAGAUGUUUAUAAUCUAUGUAAGGAACAUUCAGGAUGCUAAAUUAAUGGUCAAAACUUAAUAUGUAUCCAGCCUCUGCCCAUGCUGCACAGGUGUGUCUAAGUGCCUUAGCCAUCUGGUUCAGGUAUCCAAGGGAAAGAUACAUUGUCAUCAAAGUAAACUUUAAAGGAGGUAGGGAUGCUUAGUGAAGGAGAUAAUUAUGCUGAUUGACUGUAAUUAAUAUCAAUUUAUGCAGAAGGAGUAAAAAUUAAAAUAGAAACUAAUCAGUAGUUGGAAUAAAAUUUGGAAUGGGACAGAAUACAGCAUUCUAAAUACUGCCAAGCAUUAGUACAUUCCUAUCAGCAUUGUGUAGUUCUGCUCUUUUCUAAGUUUUCGUAAAGUAAUUUAAAUGUACAGGCAGGUUUGUACGAUUUUCAUAAAUGUACAACUUUUCUCUUCCCCUGCACAAAGCUGCAACACGGGUUGUCAGAGAGGGGUUUGCCACCCACUAGACUAGUCUUGGAAGGCUUUUUAUAUUUCUCUCCUUUCAAGCCUCAAAACAUGGGGAAAUUAGCAACAAAGACUGGAGAAGCUAAAUCCUGAAUUUAAUUUUAGGAAUAAUUCUUUUUCAUAAACAUGCUACCUGCAACAACAACAGAAUUUAUUUUAUUAAGCAGUUUUAUAAUACUCAGCAAUGAGAUACUACACACUAACCAAUAAAAACAACGAGGAGUACUUAAUUUAUUUGGGCGUAAGCUUUCAUGGGCUAAAACCCACUUCAUCAGAUGCAUGGAGUGGAAAAUACAGUAGGCAGGUAUAUAUACACCGUACAGGAAAAGAUGGGAGUUGCCUUACCAAGUGGGGGGUCAGUGCUAACGAGACAAUUCAAUUAAAGUGGAAGUGGGCUCUUCUCAACAGUAGAAUACCAAGGGAGGAAAAAUCACUUUUGUAGUGGCAAUGAGGCCAAUGUAAUCAGGGUGGCCCAUUUCAGACAGUUGACAAGAAGUUGUGAGUAACAGUAGGGGGAAAUUAGUUUUUGUAAUUACCCAUCCACUUCCAGUCUUUAUUCUGUCCUAAUUUGAUGGUGUCCAGUUUGCACUUUGGUGAUAUAUGCCAUCAUGUGCCAGCAAUGCCCCUCUGCCACGUACAUUGGCCAGACCAGACAGUCUCUACGCAAAAGAAUAAAUGGACACAAAUCAGACGUCAAGCAUUAUAACAUUCAAAAACCAGUCGGAGAACACUUCAAUCUCCCUGGACACUCAAUAACAGACUUAAAAGUGGCAAUUCUUCAAAAACAGACUCCCAUGAGAAACUGCAGAACUGGAAUUAAUUUGCAAACUGGACACGAUCAAAUUAGGCCUGAAUAAAGACUGGGAGUGGAUGGGUCACUACAAAAACUAAUUUCCCCAUACUGUUACUCACAACUUCUUGUCAACUGUUUGAAAUGGGCCACCCUGAUUACUUUAGUCUCAUUACCACUACAAAAGUGAUUCCUCCCUGGGUAUUCUACUGUCGAGAAGAGCCCACUUCCACUUUAAUUGCAUUGUCUCAUUAGUACUGACCCCCCACUUGGUAAGGCAACUCCCAUCUUUUCCUGUACUGUGUAUAUAUACCUGCUUACUGUAUUUUCCGCUCCAUGCAUCUGAUGAAGUGGGUGUUAGCCCACAAAAGCUUAUGCCCAAAUAAAUUUGUUAGUCUCUAAGGUGCCACAAGUACUCCUCGUUGUUUUUGCUGAUACAGACUAACAUGGCUACCGCUCUGAAACCUACACUAACUAAUGUAACUUCUCAUAAUACUGCCUGGCAUUAUAAAACUUCUCUACACUCAUUUUUUCCAAAUGAGCUUCACUUUUAUUUUUCCAAUAUGGGUACAGAUGGCUGGCUAAUGUGAAGCAUCCUCUUGACUUCGCUUUUAUUAAUCUCACCAUUUCAUUUAUUGAAUUUGGGAAAAUCCUAACUUGUCCUUUUUAUUGGUCCCUUAUUUGGAGCAUACAGUGUUGUGAAUGGUAGAGCCAUGUUUUCUGUUAAUCCCUAUGCCCCCCCCUUUUCUCUUGCACCAUCAUAUAUUACCAGCAGGGUCUGUCUUCGUGAAGAGUGUAUAUGUUAAAUGAUUGAUCUUUGUAGAUUUGAUCCAGUGCUUUCACUAGUAUUUGGGGACCAAGCAAAGGGGAGCUGGAUUAAUAUUUCAUUAUUUAUUUUACCUAGUAUGCAUUCCUUUUUGGCCAUGUUCACAUUGUGAUUGUGUAAACACUUCAGCCCGUGAGUAAAGGAUCAGGGUCUAGGGUGGAAACUCUGCCACCCACUAGAGCUUUGGCCUGGUUACCUAACCUGUAUAAACAGGAUAUUUUUCCUAAUCAUGUUAUGAAACCAUGCUACAAAAUAUCAGUAGGGUUAUACAAUAGCAUAAUUUGGCUAACAAGAAAGAAAUUGUGCUAGCACAGUGUGCUUUAAACAUAGCUGUUGCUAGCAUAUAUUCAGCCUACUUUGGACAAGGCCUUACACCAGUUUUAGGAAUGCACAGAGAGCUCUCCUCAGUAAUUCAUCUUGAAUAAGGAAGCUGUGUUUUAGUGAUGGACCAUCUCAGACUUCAGUAGAUGGUUAGUAUGAAAUCCUGGCUCCAGUGAAGUCAAUAGUAAAACAUCCAUUGACUUCAAUGGAACCAGGAUUUCACCCAUAGAUUUUUUUGUAUAUAGAUCUAGAUAAAUAUAGAUCUAUCUUCACCAUCCUGAUGUUUGAAUUUUUCAAUUCCACUGCAGUCCCUACCCCCAAAACUCUAAUCCAUUUGAGCUUUUUCCUACCCAGAUCAUUUCCAUCUUACAACUGCAGUUAUAAGUUCUUUUUUAAAAAAAUCAAGGAGAGGCUCUUACCAGAAGCUCUCAAACUCCAUUAUCCUCCUCCUGUUGACAUUCCUCAAGCAGCCUGUUUGUGCUAAUGUUAGUUCCUAAAUCUUAUUAUAGUGAAUACAGUUUUUCACUCAAAGAGUUUGAGGUCAGUGCUCUGUCCACCCUCCCGUUGGCCAAGCAUACCCUAAAAAAAUCAUGAAAGCAAUAAAAAAAAAACCUUAUUAAAUUGUGCUGGAACAGUUUGUAGUUGAGGCUGGUUGCAUUAAUAACUUUAUACACAUUUUUGGAAGACUUUCAUGCACUUUACACAGGAAAAAAGGAAUGGCUCCUGCAUUAAACAUCUGUAGCAAAUAUUUGCUCUCGUGUAUCUGCUACAUUUUUAAGUUUUCUUUUUAAAUUCAAUAGGUCUGCUUUGAAUGAUUUGGGGUUUCUAUAAAUUGUAAAGCAUAUAUAAGAUUUCAAAGAGAAUAGAAAGUGUAAUGGUCUAAAUGUGUGGUAACCACUAGAUAGAUCCUUUUAUUGCACAUGGUACAAUGUUUUAUGCAGUUGAAAUGUGUUGUUUUUGUCCCAUGUCAGGCGUAAGAAUCCUUGUGUUUUUUUAAAACAAAGCCAAGACUUUCUACUGUGUUAUUUAGAAGAUAUCAGACCUCAGCUGUCCCACGGUGUCUUGACCUUUUCCUUGUUGAAAUAUCACCUUUGGAUUCUUGAACGCCUUGAUUCACAUUGAUUGUAAUGGGUGUUCUGUUCAUGGAAAAGUGAAUGGAGAUAAGUUUGUGUUCAGUAGUGUAGCCACAGAGUCCUUAAGAGCAGGUAGAAUUUGUCAGUGACUCAGAACUGGGUUGUAUCCCAUUCUAUACCUGCUGCUCAUCAGGAAACAAAUGCACUCAGUCGCUGACUUCAAAAUGUUCAACACCUUUUUCUUUUGUUAUGUAUGAAUCAAGAAUCCAGCUUGGGUUAUUACAUAUCAGACAGGCAAAUUUAUAUGACAUAAAAACUUUUUGUGUGAUGGGCUCAGUGGGGGCUGAGAAAAGCUUCCAUGAGAUCUUGUGUUGCCAUUACACUGGUACUGUUAGUUCUUUGCACAAAACUAUGUAUUUAAACAGUGCCUUAUCCUUGGGUCAGUCUUUACCGAAUUCAGUGGGGGGGGGCUAGGCUUAUACUAGCCUGAAGCAUUUGUGUGUAGCUUUUCAGUAAUUUAAAAUGACAGUUUAAAGUAAAUGUGUAGGUGAUUCACACUAUAGGAUGCAAACUGCUUGAUCAGCUGUGAUUGCAAACAGGUGUCUUGCUCCAGUCUGCUUUUUCCUUAUUCAUCUUUUUGUUCUCUAAACUUCCUCUCCCACUACAUGCAUUUGGUUCUGCUGUCCACCUUGCUCGAACCCACACACCCCACCAAAGAAAACCUCAGAUAUCACUGACUGACUGAAUACAAGCUGGUUGGAGCCAGUGACACACACAAAACGUUCUUCUGUGCUUUGGGGGUGGCUCUGAAACUAGCAGCUCCCCACUCCUAAUUUCUCACUUGUAGAGUCCCUGAGUCUGAUUCUAGCAGCUGCUACCUGUUCAGACCACAAAAUCAUUGAGAGGUUCUGAUUUGAGUCUAGUGCUGGAUCAUCCCACACUGCGUGCCAGUUGGGUCUCUGACAUCACAGCCAUGCACCAACUUCCACUGGUGCAUAGCUGAGACCUCCUCUCUAAGGCCAUGUCUAGGAACACUUUUCCUGAAUAAGUAUACUGGUCUGCUGUCUCGGCAAAGUGCUCCUAGCCUGGACACAGUUUAUACUGGCAAAACUACACCUCUGCCCCUCCCUGAGCAGAACAAGCUGUACUAGCAUGAGCACAGAAUUGGCAGUGUAACUGCAUCUACACUAAGGGCUUUUGCCAGCACCGCUAUGUUGAUCAAGGGCCACACCUCUGAGCAACAUAACUAGACUUCUGCCGGUAUAGGCAAGUCUCUUGUAGCCAUCACCAGUGUACUCCCUGCACCCAUUAUGUUAAACAGAUGAAGAAAAUAUACUGGGGUAAAUUGGAUUAUGGAGACAGGCAAGGGGGAGAGGAAGUUGAAGCACCUGUGGGAAGUGAAAAGAGAUUGGGAUGUUGGAGGAGGUGUGUGAAGUGUAAGCAAUUCACUUCCUUUCCUCCUUCCCCCACAAGUGCCAAGCUGCUCUUUCAGUCUCUAGGUCUUGUGACUAAAGUUGCUCUCAACUCCCAUCCUAUUCUGGUUGAAGACUCCAUUGGUACCUGUUUAAAUAUUCCAAAUCUAGCUCUUAUAAUGGAGUGGAUGAAAGUGGCUGUUGGGCCACAAACUGCUGAAAGGGCAGAGUUGUAGAGAGCUCCCCAUGAGUAGGGGAAACCUAGAAAAAAUACUAUAAAUAUCCAAAUAGUAGGGAAAGGUCAUUUUACAGCCAUUUCCCUACUAUUUUCUUUGAUUGGGAGCUUUUUUUUUCUUAAUAGAAUACAUUGUAUGACACCCUUUCCCGCUGCUGACUUUUAAGGCAUUAAUACAUGCAUCUUACUCUCAGCAAUAAUGGUUAAGUUAUGAAUUAGUGGGCUACUGCUACACUUCAAGGGUGGCUGAAGACCUUCUGUCUUCAGUACGUUUUCAGUCCUGUCCUUCCAACACACCCAAGGCAUGUGCCGGUAGCUGACUAAUGCAAACCAUGGUGUGGCUUGUUACAGUCAAAGUACCUUUUGCUUUGUUAUCAACACUAACAUUUGAAAUGUCUUGGGAGAGCCUUUUGAAAUUUGUCUUUCUGUUGAUUUUUGUAAAUGCAGUGUGUCUGUAUAUAAAGAGUGGCUAUUUAGACUGUGGAUUAAGUGUUGAUCAAUAUACUUUAAAUGAGCUAAAAUCCAAAGAUACUUUGUAAUGAACUGUAAAGUUUUUAAUUUUGUUGUACAAUACUAAAUGACUGUAAUAGUGUAUCAUACAUGCAAUGCGACCUACAGUAUCUAAAUAAACACCUUCUCUAGA